AAGUUAGAAACGAACUAAUGAAACAUAUAAUAGGUAGUGAGCGAUGUUACGAUAUAAUUCGUAUGGGUCCCAAAGCUUUCUUAAACUUAUGCACCUUAUUACGGGAUCAUGGUGGUCUUACACAUACACGAGGAGCAUCUAUUGAGGAACAGGUAGCAAAAUUUCUUCACAUAGUCGGACAUAAUGUCAGAAAUCGUGUGAUGUCCUUCUUUUUUCGACGCUCGGGUGAAACUGUUAGUCGUCAUUUUCAUAGAGUCUUAGAUGCUUUGAUAGAAUUGGAGGAUAAGUUUUUGAAACAACCAGAUGGGACACAAGUGCCUCCAGAGAUACUUAACAACAAUAGGUUCUACCCAUAUUUUAAGGACUGUAUUGGAGCAAUUGAUUGUACACAUGUGCGAGUUAAAGUUCCAAUAGAGCUUGCACCUAGAUACCGAGGUAGAAAAUAUUACCCUACACAAAAUGUAUUGGCCGCUUGCUCAUUUGACUUGAAAUUUACGUACGUUUUGGUUGGAUGGGAAGGAGCGGCAUCGGAUUCAAGAAUAGUAAAAAGUGCUUUGACACGUCGGUAUCCCCUUAAAGUCCCACAAGGAAAAUAUUAUCUUGCUGAUGCAGGAUUUCCUUUAAAGCCAUGUCUCAUCACACCUUACAGGGGAGAACGUUACCACUUACAAGAAUAUUCUAGAAAUCCACCUCGCAACCCUCGUGAAUUGUUCAACAACCGACAUUCGUCGUUACGGAUGUCUAUUGAAUGUGCAUUUGGAGUAUUGAAGAAGAGAUUUCCAAUUCUACAAACUUCAACUGAACCUACAUAUGGAAUUAAAACUCAAAAUAAAAUCAUCAUUGCUUGUUGUAUCUUACAUAAUUAUUUGAUGAGUGAAGACCCUAAUCAAAAUCUAAUAGACGAGGUGCGUCACGAGCUCACAAUUGAAAGUGGUCUGCAAGAGGGACAUCAAGCUCAAAGAGAAAACAAUGAUGAUACCGCUAGAGCAGAGUUAGUUAGGGAUAAUGUUGUUGGUUCAAUGUGGAUAACUUACUAA